UAUGAAACUGACUGCAAAAAUGAUUUAUUUAUUCUCUUUAGAAAGACGUACGAAAUAUGUAAAAUGAAUACAACAUUACAAUGGAAACGUUUCCUGAAGCGUGCAACUUACACAGUUUAUUCAGAAGGAAGGCCAUUUCUAAAGGAAAAGUUCACAGUUGUAAACGAAUAGCUGCUGAAUACAUUCGUUUUUUGUUCAUUGCUUCAAUUUUGCUUAUAGUACCUUUAACAUUUGUGAAAUGACUUACGAAUAUUGCUAAGUGUAUCAGUGCUAUUAAAUUGUUGUGUAAAUGUUCGCUGUAUCGUCACGUCGAUUAAGAAGGAGACUCAGUGCUCCCUCGUCAGGAUCCGCGCGAUUGCGAGCGUUCCAACGUAAACGCGCGGAACAAACGCGUGCCGAGGGCGAGAGAUUAGCGCGCGAACGGCGGGAACUGAGAAUCAGAGAAAAAUACGAACAACAGAGACAGGCACGAGAAGAACUGGCGUCAUACGAGCCUUGGGGGCGCGCUGGAGCCGGCGCCCCAAACCCUCAAGGAGUCCGCUUUUCUGACCUUCGCGCUCGCGGUAUCUAUCCUGAAGAUGAACUUAAGGGAAUUUCUCUGUACGAAACGUGUCAACGCUGGUCGUCACCGCAACGUAGAUAUCACCAAGCGCCUCUACGUCUCCGCGAAGAUCCGCAACUUUGUUACGCUGAGAAUCUGAGGAAAUCUGUGGAUAAUGAUAUUCGUUACAAACAAACGCCCCACCAGCAACAGGCAUAUAAAGAAAUCUUAGAUAAUUUAGUCGACCAAAGGCAGAAGGCUAUUAAAGAGGAAAUUCUACGAGAUUUGGAAUACGAGCGUAAAUUGGAUGCUCUUGAAGGACCGUGGGGAAAACCUGGACCAGGAGGAAAGAUUUGGAGGAAUCCUCGAAAUAUAGGACUAAAUUUCUCUAAGUCUAUGGGAUGGACGGAUAAUGAAAUAUUUAAUAAAAUAAGAGGAGACCAAAGACGAUACAAAAGAUCUUCACUUACUUUACCUGACGUAAAGAGGGCUGAUGAUUAUUCAAAUCUUGUUGCGAUUGAAAAAGAAAAUGGUGAAUCUCAUAGAGACAAAUUACCACAGAUAAACAAACACUCAAAUAAACCAAAAAACUGUUCUUCGGAAGAAAAGCGAAAACUCGAAAGGGAGCGAGAAUUAAUUCAAUGUUAUGGAAAAAAUGGGAAAUCGAAACAAAACUCUACGAAACAGAAAUUUGUGAAAAGGUUGUCGAAUGGAGAAAGGGUCGAAAAGCGAAUUGAAGAAAUAGGAGAUUCUGUAAAUGAGAAAAAGUUGACGCCUGAAGAAACAAUUUUGCGAGUGACUGGUGGUAUAGAGCUUGUCCCACUUUUGGCGAGACGUAGGCGCGUUGGUGCUCGUACACUGCCUUCUAGUGACGUCACACGACCUCCACAUGAGUCAUGCCAAUGGAGAGAAAUAAGGACGGAAGACUAUUUGAGGCAGUUGAAGCAGCAAAUGCGGGUAAAAUCUCAACAAAAGGAGCAGAGCCGUCGUAAUUCAGCUGAAAGUGUGAAACAGCACCAUGCAACUUGGGCUUCUUUGUGGGGUCGGCCGGGACAUGGGGCACCUCAGCUACGAGGCAGAUACGCUCGUAGUAAUUUAGCACAACUCCUAUACGUACCGCCUCUCACUGAUAAAAUACAAAUUUAAUUAACAAAAGUAUUGAAAUUGCCCUCUCCACCGAAGAACUUCCAUGUUCUUUUAAUCAAAUAGUGAUUAUAAUGAUAAUUGAUUUAUUUUACGUUUAUGCAAUAAAUAUUUACAAUGACAUUCAUUUAUAAUAUAUUUUUUUAUUUAUAUAAACAUCAUUGAAAGCGUGGCGUAAUAAUAUAAAGUAAGAUUUUUAGUGCAUCACGUAAGAAUAUGUAUAUAAUAUGUAAUAUUCUCGCAGGUGUUAAUUAAAAACUAUCGCUAUUAAGGAAUUGAAUUAGUGUCCAAUUAACUAAACGGCUUUCGGAACGAAUAAACUGUAUUCAUCUUAAGAAUGCAAUACGUAAUAAAUAUAUCACAAGGAAUUCUAAGUAGUCUUUUGCUUACUACUUUGAGAAAUAUGUUAUUUGUUUGUAUUAAAAGGAUGAAAAUUUAUUGUAUAUAUUACCAUUAUCUUAAUAUUAUAUAAUUUUCAAAGUAUAGAGUUACCUUCUAAGAAUCAUUGAAUAAAUGUUUAAUUCACAGCAAUCCCACUUCUGUAAAC